GAUUACCCUGUUUUAUAGAUAACAUUUCAUCCAUCGUGCUUAGAACGUAGAGAGCGUAGAUCUCGAUUAAGCUUGCGGUCAUCUACUGGUAAUGAUGCUCUGGCAUGUCCUUCAACUUACAGGUCAUAUGUCCAGCUGUUUGAAACUGAAAUAGUAACAGUUGAUGACUCCGAUGAUGAAGGUGACAAAACCAUACCAAUGGAUGGUGAUAUCAGUUUGCCAGAGUUAUUAAUAAAGUUACAGUCACAGGUUGACCUGGAGAAGAUAACGAAAUUCAAUAUCAACAGAAACCUUGUUUUAGAUGGUGCUCGGAGAGCCAUCAAAAGGAAAUCCUUCUGUGCUAAAAGCAAGAUAAGUGUGAAGUUUACGGACGAUGUAGGAAUCGCAGAAGGUGCCGUAGAUGAAGGUGGACCAAAAAGAGAGUUCUUGAGAAUGCUGAUGAAAAAGAUCCAAUACCUGCACAUUUUUGAAGGUCCUGAAAACAGAAGAAUUUUGGCCUAUAGUACAUCAGCCCUAGAAGACAAUCUGUACAGAGAUGUUGGAUUAUUCUUUUCCCUAUCCAUUGUACACGGAGGACCAUCACCAAAAUUCCUUUCUCCAGUUAUGUACAAUGCGUUGGUAGGACAAGCUGGAGAAAGGAAUAUUGAAGAUAUAGCAGAUGGUGACUUGAGAGGAGAAGUUCAAAAGUUAAAAGAUGCAUCAAGUUUGCAAGACUUGAACAAACAAAUGAAUGCAAUGUCAACCCUGUUGAUAACAGCGGGAUGUUUCAGGCCUAUAUUGAACAUGCAACAAAAAGAUAAAUUAAUCAUGGAUAUUGUCAGAUUUUUGGUCCUGGAAAGAACCAGUACUCCUCUUCACCAGUUGCGUGAUGGGUUACAGACACUUGAUGUAUUAACGUACAUUCAAGAGCAUUAUAAAGCAUUUAAGGAUUUGUUUGUCUGUCAAGGAAAUGAAAAAUUGACCGCUGAAAUGAUGGAGGUGGUGUUUAUGGAUAUCAAAAUGUCAGUUCCAGGCAGCAACAGAAGACGGGACGAGGAGAACAUUGUUGGAUAUUGGAGAGAUUUUUUAAUUGACUUGCAAGGUACUUGUAAAAUAUAUGCCUCACAUCUUCUUUUUAUUAUAUAAACAUAAAAUUUGAUUCAACACCACCACUUCUGGAAGCACAUAUUCUGAUCUGGAAUUUUAAUUUUUCUAUAUGAAGGCUUAAUUUAAAACAUAAGAAUGCUCUUGAUCUUUAAUACAUGUAUAUUUUAAUUCUUAACCAAAAUUAGAGUUUCCUGCAUUGCAAUAUUGUAAGGGACAGUCAUUAGAAAGAAACUUAUGAAACCAAGCAUUAUCAGAAACAGAAGAAAGUAAAUAUUGUUUGUUUGGAUAUAUAGGGUAAAACUACCCAAAAGGACUGAAUAGCAUUCUUAUAUUUUCUAUACAUGUAUGCCCUUUUACAAGACUUAUGGUAUAACGUUUACCGUCCGUCUUCAACAUUUCCGACAUUAUCUCAAAUACGCUUUAACCACUAUGCAUAAAACUGUAUUGAAUUGUUAUAUCUUUUGAUUUGAGCUCCCUUUUGUUUUUUUACAAAUUUCAAAUUUACGUUUUCCAAGUAUUGGGAGUUUUACUAAAGGGGUGAUUUUCCAGUUUUUGGACAAGAACUUGAAAAAAAAAUCACCAACUUACUAGAAACUGUUUAAUUCUAUUCACAUGUGCUCCCUUUUGAUUUUUAUACGACUGCAAAAAAUUUGCGUUCGUAUAUUGCUAUCACGUCUUCGUCGUCGUUGUCGUCGUCCGUAGACAGAUUGGUUUCCGGACAAUAACUUCAGUUUAAGUGAAUGGAUCUCUGUGAAACUUAACCAAAAGGUUCAAUACCACAAAAGGAAGGUUGGGAUUGUUUUUGGGGGUAAUGAUCCCAACCGUUCAGGAAUUAUGGGCCAAAAACAAGCAUUUUUCUAGUUUCCGGACAAUAACUUGUGAAUAAAUUUUUGAUUGCUCUGAAAUUGUACCACAAGGUUCAAUACCACAAGUAGAAGGUUGGGAUUGAUUUUGGGGGUAUUUGCCAAAACCGUUUAGGAAUGAAGGGCCAAAAAGGGGCCCAAAUCAAGUAUUUUUCUAGUUUUCAGACUAACUUGUGUUAAAGUUUAUGGAUAUCUCUGAAAUU